UUCUCCCUUUCUUCUCCGGGGGUCGCCUCGCCUUAAAAAAAAUUUGCGAAAAACACAAAAAAAAAAAGAAGAAGAAAAAACCCCUCAAUUUUCUCAAUCCAAAUCAAUCCCAGAAAUCCACACAAUUAAUUGUCAGUGAUCCUGAACCAUGUCGGAAUUUGCUAACACCGAUUCCGAGGGGAUCGACGGAGUUCGUAUGACUUGGAAUGCGUGGCCGCGUACCAAAGUUGAAGCUAGCAAAUGCGUCGUCCCCCUCGCUGUCUCCAUCUCGCCGAUCCGUUCCCACCCUGAAAUCCCCACGCUCCCUUACGCGCCUCUCCGAUGUAAGACCUGCUCUGCGGCGCUCAAUGCCUUCGCGCGCGUCGACUAUACUGCCAAGAUCUGGAUCUGUCCCUUCUGUUAUCAGCGCAACCAUUUUCCCCCUCACUAUGCCAUGAUCUCCGAGACCAAUUUCCCCUACGAGCUAUACCCUCAGUACACCACCGUAGAGUAUGAGCUGCAGCCCAAUCACGAUCCCCGCAACCCCGCCAACCCCCCGCAAUCGCCGCCGGUAUUUGUUUUCGUGCUUGAUACCUGCAUGAUCGAGGAGGAGAUGGGAUUCGUCAAAUCGGCUUUGAAGCAGGCCAUCGGGCUGCUGCCGGAGCAUGCCCUUGUGGGGUUCGUGUCCUUUGGGACACAGACACAGGUGUACGAACUGGGUUUCUCCGAUAUGUCCAAAGUUUAUGUCUUUCGUGGCAGUAAAGAGAUUUCCAAGGAACAAGUGCUGGAGCAAUUGGGUCUAGGUGCUUCGGGAAGGAGGCCGGUGGCAGGGUAUCCAAAACACCUGCAAAAUGGAAUUCAAAAUGCCAGUAUCAACCGGUUCUUGUUGCCUGCCUCCGAGUGCGAGUACACUCUCAUUUCGCUAUUGGAUGAGUUACAAAGAGAUCAAUGGCCAGUUCCACCAGGGCACAGGGCGUCCAGGUGCACAGGGGUGGCGUUGAGUGUUGCAGCCGGAUUGCUUGGGGCCUGUUUGCCUGGAACGGGCGCUAGAAUUGUUGCGUUGGUUGGUGGUCCAUGCACUGAAGGGCCUGGCACGAUUGUGUCAAAAGAUUUGUCAGAACCUGUGCGUUCUCAUAAAGAUCUUGACAAGGAUGCUGCACCAUAUUUUAAGAAAGCAGUUAAAUUUUAUGAGAAUCUGGCCAAGCAGCUUGUCGACCAGGGGCAUGUUCUAGACCUUUUUGCAUCUGCACUUGAUCAGGUUGGGGUAGCAGAAAUGAAAGUUGCAGUUGAAAAAACUGGUGGCCUGGUUGUUCUAUCUGAGAGUUUUGGCCAUUCUGUAUUCAAGGACUCUUUCAAGCGCAUGUUUGAAGAUGGGGAACAAUCUCUUGGCCUCUGUUUUAAUGGAACACUUGAGAUCAAUUGUUCAAAGGACGUAAAAAUCCAGGGGAUCAUUGGACCUUGCACUUCUAUGGAAAAGAAAGGGCCUAAUGUUGCUGACACUGUUAUUGGAGAGGGUAACACCACAGCUUGGAAACUGUGUGGCCUUGACAAGAGUACUUGUUUGACAGUUUACUUUGAUCUUUCAUCAAGUGAGAAGCCUAAUGCACAGGGCGUGAAUCAGCAGUUGUAUUUGCAGUUUCUUACAAGUUAUCAAAACCCUGAAGGUAAAACAUUGCUUCGAGUCACAACAGUAACUAGACAAUGGGUAGACAGUGCCGUUAGCUCAGAGGAAUUGGUACAAAACUUCGAUCAGGAAACUGCCGCUGUUGUAGUGGCAAGAUUAACUUCCCUGAAAAUGGAGAUAGAGGAGGGAUUUGAUGCAACACGGUGGUUGGAUCGAAAUCUCAUUCGUCUUUGCUCCAAAUUUGGUGAAUAUCGGAAGGAUGAUCCUACUUCGUUUACUUUAAACCCUUGUUUUUCAUUGUUUCCUCAGUUUAUGUUUAAUUUGCGGCGAUCACAAUUUGUACAGGUUUUCAACAACAGCCCAGAUGAAACGGCCUAUUUUCGAAUGUUGUUAAACCGGGAGAAUAUUACCAAUGCAGCUGUCAUGAUUCAACCAUCUCUAAUAUCAUAUUCAUUCAAUUCACUGCCCCAGCCUGCAUUGUUGGAUGUGGCUUCCAUUGCAGCUGAUCGGAUACUCUUACUGGAUUCAUAUUUCAGUGUUGUUAUCUUUCAUGGAAUGACUAUAGCGCAGUGGCGAAACCUGGGUUACCAGAAUCAGCCUGAACACCAAGCAUUUGCACAACUACUGCAAGCACCUCAAGUUGAUGCCCAGAUGAUCAUUCGGGAUCGUUUCCCUGUCCCUAGACUGGUUGUGUGUGAUCAGCAUGGAUCACAGGCAAGAUUUUUAUUGGCAAAGCUAAAUCCAUCAGCAACAUACAACAAUGCCAAUGAUAUAGCUGCUGGGUCAGAUGUAAUCUUCACCGAUGAUGUGAGCCUGCAAGUAUUCUUUGAGCAUCUUCAGAGGUUGGCCGUGCAAUCUUGAUAGCAGAUAGACAGUUGAAAGACUUGGUCUUUUGAUACGUGAAAUUCAUUCCUCAAAGUUCAAGUUAAUUUACCCUCCCUUACAUCCUCUGAUUCCAUUCAAAUUUAGUUCUUUUCCUUUCUUUCUAUGACUUUAACAACGAGAGAUCGACCCCACAUUUUUGGAAAAAUAAGGAGAGCAAGCAUCAUUCUUUGGGGUUGAGGGGAAGUUCUUGCUUCCUUGAAGGAAUAAGGGACACAAAGGUGGGUUGAGUUGUAAGGAAAGGAAGGUUUCUACGUUUGAAGAUCCUUGUUAGGUUGCCUUGGGGGGGGAAUCUGGAAAAUGCUUUUGCACAGUUUUGCCAUCAUCUCAUUUUGUAUCGAUAGGCGUCACUGGAUUGUGGUUUUGUGUAUCUGAUUUUUAAGCAAAAUAUAUACCGGUUGGGGAGAAAGGGCUCCAGUCUAGGUUGAGGAUGUUGGAUGUAAGUCAUUGGGAUUUGUUUUGUUUUUUUAACUUUUGUUUUGUUAGACCCUCGUGUCUGUGUUGUUGUGUC